GGAGCUGCAGAGCUAGUGCAGUCAUCAGAGGGAGGCAGGCUGGAGAGUGUCCUGUUCACCGAGCCAGGGCGGCCUUUGCGAGUGCUCAAACAAUUGUUCUAGUGCAUCUACCCGCAGCCAUGUCGGUGGAGACCAUAAAGGUAGAGCCUGCUGACAGCGAGCAGGACGAAGAGGAAGAUGUAUACGAGGUGGAGAGGAUCAUCGACAUGCGGGUGGAGGAGGGUGAAGUGCUCUACAGGGUCCGCUGGAAGAAUUACUGCUCUGAUGAUGACACCUGGGAGCCGGAGGCCCAUCUGGAGGACUGUCGAGAGGUCCUCCUCGCAUUUAAGAAGUCUCUUGCUGAUGCCAAGGCCAAGAAGGAAGCAGAGGCCAAGAAGAGUGUGAAACCGCUGCCUACAAAGAGCGACGUCUUUGAUGCUGACUCGGAGAGUGACAGUGAUAAAGACCGUCCAACUGAACCUCCCAUAAAGAAGAAGAAAAAGAAAAAGAUCCAGGACGAAGAAGAGUCUCCCCCAAAGGAGAAAAAGAAGAAGAAGAAAGAAAAGCGUAAAGAGGAGCUCAGGCCUCUGCCAGCACCAGAGACAGAUGAAGAAGAAGAAGAAGAAGAGAGGCCGGUGACUCCACCCUCUCCACCUAAGGAGAAAAAGACUGAAUCAAAAAAGCGAGUGGUUGAGUCUGAAGAAGAGGAUGAUGAGCCAGUUCUCCCCAAAAAACACAAGAAGGAAAAGGGAAAAGAAGGAGGAAAGCACAAGAAAGACAAGGCAGAAGAGGGGAAGAAAAAGAAGGGAAAGAAGGAGCGAAAGAUUGAUACUUCUGAAGAUGAGGCUACUGCCCCGAUCGAGGACGACAUAAGUGAAGACCCAUCAGAGUCCCAAUUCGAUGACACUACAUCAACAGAGACUGCGCCAAAGUCUUUAGAAAAGCUACGUUUGGAUGACAAGUUCAAACAGAAAAAGGGCAAGUGGGAAGUUAAACUUCAGGGCUUUAGGGACCUCAUCCAAGACAGGAAGAUCAAAAAGCCUGAUGCCGCACAGAAAGAGAGCAGCCUUCAGAAACUAAAGAACCUCACCUCUAAGGCCAAAGAGGACCCUGCUCCACACUCAUCAGACUCUAGUGACAGCUCCACCCUGCACAAGAAAGCCAAGAGCAAAGGGCAGGAGAGUGCCUCAGCACCACCCAAAGUCCCAUCUUCCUCCACAUCCUCGUCAUCAUCCUCAUCCUCCGUGACAGCAGCCUGCAGCACCAAGGGGAAAGAGGACGAGGUGGUGAAAGAGGACGUGCUGGCACAGAAGGACACAGGCUCCACUAACCUGUUUGAGAAGUUCCUGUUGAACUGUGAGGCCAAGGACCGCGCCCCCCGCAGACAGCCGCUUCAUCAAGCCGCUCCAGAGAAGAGCAGCGGUAAACCCGCAAAGAUGACGGGAAAGACUGAUAAGAUCCCCAAGCCGACCAAAGAAUCUCCGGUUCAGAAACCAGAACCUGAAAAGACAGAGAAGACCAAGCAAUCAGAUGCUCCUACAGUCUCCAGAACGGGCCAGAGUUAUGGAUUUAGUCUCGACAGUGACGAGAAGGAAGGAGAAGAAUCCACACCCAAGCCUCGAGAGGAUUCACGGGAGCGAAAGGAGAGGACGGAGGAGACGCAGCGACCCAGCUGGGAGAGAAGAACUUCAACAGACAACAGGACAAGGAGGAGAGAGGACAGUGAACCCAGACUGUAUAUGGCCUGUGAAGACAAUCAGGACAUCACAGAGCCACUGGAGGCUGCUGACAAAUCUGAUAAAGGCCAGGCCACACUGAGUUUAGGAAUGGAUCUCAACCUGGACUGGAUGACUCUAGAUGACUUUCAGAAACAUUUGAAUGGAGAGGAUGAGAUCUUGUCAGGUCCUCCACUUUCACCCAGUGAGUUGCGGGACGCUGUGAAGAGUGGCGAUUACAUGGCUGUAAAAUUGGCACUUAAUUCUAAAGAGGACUACAACCUGGACCAAGAGGCGUAUACUAUUGGUGAGAAGAGGUCAUUUGAAGGAGAGAGAAGCGGGGUUGAAGAGAGAAGUUCGAGUGAUGCUCUUAGGUUGACUUCUAACCUUGACAAUGCAAGAAGUGAACCAGGUUCUCCAAUGGUAAAAGAGAAUAUCACACAAGAUGGUGUGAGAAUGCCAGAGGGUCCCACUGGGUCAAACACUGGACAAGUGGGGGAACAUGAACAGAUCCAAAAAGACAAGAUGGAUAUAGUUGAGUCUAAAAACACUCCCUGUGAUUCAUCUACUAAGCAGGGAAUUCUGAAGAAGGACGAAGGAGAACAAGCAGAUGACAAAUUGUCAGAUGACACAAAAGUUGGUUUAACAAGUACAGUGAGUGUGAACUUUGAUGAAUCCGAACCAACAACAAAUACAGAAGGAACGAUAAAAAGGAACACAAACACUGAACAAAGUUUCCCUGAGAUAGAAAAUGAUUCAAGUGAUGAUGCUGAGGAUCUUGUGGCAGGUCACUCAGAUAGUUCAGAACAAGAUCAAUCUGACUCUGACUCAAAGGAGGUGGGUAAAGGACAACCAUGCCGCAGGAAAGCUGUUGAGAGAAUACAGCCAAAACGGACAAGUGUAAGGACCUCUAAGAAAAUAUUUGAAAUGCCACAAAGCACAACAGAUGAAGAGAAAAAAGAGUCAUGCAAAAAGCACUUUUGUUUAUAUUGCAAAGUGGCUUUUACCCAACUUACAAAGCAUUUGGAAAGGAGACAUUCAGAGGAGACGGAUGUUGCCCAUGCAAUUCACUUCCCAAAAGGUUCCAAAAUCAGACAAACUUUACUUGACCAAAUCCGCAAUAAAGGUGAUUAUGAACAUAAUUGCAAAGUUCUCAAAAGUGGAGAGGGGGAAAUUGUUACCAAAAAACAGGUAAAAAACUCCAGCAUAUCUGUCCGUGACUUUCUGCCCUGCCAGUACUGCUUUGCUUUUUACCGUAAAACUGAUUUAUGGAGGCACGAGCGAUCAUGUAAGGCCAGAAAAGGAGACCAAAAGUCCUCUGAAAGGACUAAAAAAGGCAGAGUCCACAGUGCAUCUUCUCGACUACUGCCAAUGUCAGAAUUUUUAACUGGAGGAUGCGAGGAAAUCAUUCACAUCAUGCAUCAAGAUGAUAUCUCGAGGCAUAUCAGAAAUGACCCACUUAUUUGCAAAUACGGCAACGCGUUGGCCAUUAAGUACGAUCAUGACAAGUCUCAGUUUGCAUAUAUUGCACAAAAAAUGAGGGAACUGGGUAGAUUUAUACUCGCUGUGAAUGAACUUGACAACACUGUGCAGUAUCUGCAUGAAGUAUGUAUACCUUCCAGAUUUGAAUUAGCUGUUGAAGGGGCCAAAAGAGCUAGUGGUUUUGAUCCUGCUUCCAGCAAGUUUAAAACAGUUUCUCUUGUCUCAAAGAUAGGUUACUCCUUGAAAAGGGCUGCUGAAAUAGCUUUUGGGGAGAGUCGCAUGACAGAGGACAGUGAAACUGAAAGUGAGGUGAAAAAGUUCAUACAGCUUCUGGAUACAAAAUGGAAUGAGUGUUUUUCUCGAAAAGCUCUUGCAUUAUCUAUAAAGCAAGAGGUCAAGAAAGUGGAAGUAGACAAAUCAACUGUGACUGAAGAUUUAAUGAAACUCCACCAGUUUAUUACAGGGGAAGAAGAUGAAGCAAGGAAAGAACUGAAGGAAAGUCCCAGUUUGUCUACAUGGAAAAAACUCAGUGAAGCUACUCUGGCAGAUGUGUGCCUUUUCAACAGAGGGCGUGUAGGAAAUAUUGGCAGAAUGCUCUUGCAAACUUACUCUAACAGAAAAAACAGAGGAACUUUUGCACCCUCUGCAGAUCAAAUAAGGAAAAGCACAAAGUUGGAGUUGGAGCUUGGUGAUGGUUUCACCAGGUUGGAACUGGAAGGUCAGUAUGGAAGGAACAUGCUAGUUCUGCUCACGGAAAGAAUGGUUUUGUCAAUUGACUUGCUUUUUGAAAAUCGUGAGCAAGCAGGUGUAUCAAAAAAUAAUCCUUACCUGUUUGCACGGACUGAAGGCCCAUCCUUCAUCAGAGGAUUGGACUGUUUUAGAAGGGCUGCAAUGGAAUGUGGGGUUAAAAACCCAGAGGCACUUCUGUCCUCAUCAUUAAGAGAGCAAAUUGCCAGUUGCUGGCAGCUUAUGAGCCUUUGUGAAUCUGAACUGGAUCAAGUAGCCAAGCUAGUGGGAAGGACAAGCCAGGAGGUUUACAAUCUCUCCAAAGAUGCAUCACAGCUGGAGGAAGUGAGUAAACAACUGCUCAAGAUGGACCGAACACUACCAUCAAGUGUACCAGGCACAGCAAAAGAAGGAACUGUAUCAAAAGCUGCUAUAAAGAGAAGACCUUGGAGUGAGAAGGAGCAGGCAGCAGUGAAGCGAUUUUUAGGAGAAUUUAUUACAAGGAUGAAAGUUCCAGGGAAAAAAGAGUGCAAUGCCUGUAUAUCUGCAGAACCAGAUCUUGGUGGAAGAUCUUGGACAGAUGUCAAAAAUUAUGUACACAAUACACUACAGACAGUAAGGAGGAGAUACAACCAAGUGAAACCUGAAGGAAAUGCAAAUGUUGUGAAUCCAAAGAGUCAAAAAGCUGAAGCCCAAAACACAAAGAAGGAUUUGGAAGACGUAAACAUUGCCUGUACUAUGACAACAGUGCAUCCAGAUGACCUGACAGAAACUGCAAAUUGUUGUUUGCCAAUGACAUCACCGUCCAACUUAAGAGAAGCAUCCCCACCAUUCCCUCAAGAGAUGACUUCAGGCUAUGCAUCCCUGUGUACUGCCAGUACAAAUAUGGUCUACACUAGUCCAACGUUGAUGUCUACUUUUUCACCACUGAAUGCUACGGAUACACAAGUAGUUCCCACAUACACUCCACACAACACUACAAAUACAUUAUUGCACUCUGCGUACACAUCAGAGAACAACCGAAUUUUGCCAAUGUCUCCUUCGUAUGCACCGAAUGCCACAAGUAUGCCUCCCCCUUCAGUUUACUCACACCAGGAUACAAGUUCAUCAUUGAUUUCUACUUUUACUCCACUCAAUUCACCAAGUCCACUCAAUGCUCCCAGUACCUCGAUGAUUCCUACUUUUACACAACUGAACACAGCGAUGGUCCCUUCAUUCUCAUCACUAAAUGACAGAAAUGGACCUCUCAUUUCUUCAUUCACAGCUCUAAACCAUUCAAAUGCACCACCCUAUGCCAUAAGUCCCCCCAGGUCCAUCACAACAGCACAGGUUGUCCCAACAAUCCAUGGGCCCAGUACGUCCGAUAGAAUAUCCAUUGGACAUGGAAGCACACCCAUGUCAACUACAGGAAAGCAAGUCCCUCCUACUGUCAAAACUCAGAAGAGAAACAAGAGGUUGUGGAGUGAGGAGGAACAAGCGGCAGUCAGGCGUCAGCUUGGAGACUUCUGUAAACUGGUGAAAGUGCCAGGCAAAAAAGAUUGUGAUGCAUGUUUGGCUGCUGAACCUGCUUUGAACACCAGGACAUGGAGAGAAGUCAAAUAUUUUGUGCAUAACUCCAUUCAGUCAAUGAAAAGAAGAGGUACAGCAAUGGCCGCCAAACAACCACAAAGACUAGAACCAGAGAUACAAAAUCCAAACCCUGAUUGGGAUGGUCCUGUUUAUCUAUCCCUGUAGAUAUUUUAAAGGAAAUGGAACGGAAGAACACAGUGAUCAGUGACAUUUUAGAUGUGUGUGUGAGUGUGUGUGUGUGUGUGUGUUAGGCCUUUGGAUUUAACCUUGAAUUAUAUGGGGCUUACAAAAUUCAAUAGACGGCAACUGUUGAAAAAUGUACUGUUAGUGAACCUUGGUUUCAGUAUCCAUGCAGACAACGUGCGGAUUGCCUUGCCAUUCUUUAAAUUACACGACUGAAAAACUGACUGAAAUCGUAUUCAAGGACCGCGCUGUUGGUGCGCUGCUGCAUAAAUAUACGCUAAACUGAUGGGACUAAGGAUGUUUGUACUGUAGCUUCGGCUCAAAAGAAGCAGAAAUUAAUGUUUAGUAUGGUUAGACAGCAAAUAUGGUUGGUUAUAUUGCACUGUCAGUUUUACAGAUCACGGUAGGUUAUUUCUCAAAAGUGGUCUAAUUUAGAUUUGUGAACAUCUUGUAAACGUGAACCUUGUUGAUUUUUUUUUUUUUUUUUUUUUUUUUUUUUUGGACAAGCAGUCACUGUGGCACCCAGACCUGCUUCCACAAUUUUAUACACAUUUGUGAAAAUGGUGAAAGCAAUCAUUGAAUUGUUUGGGACUCUCCAGCUACCGUGACCAGGGCAUGUCCCGCCCUGCACUCAGUGAAUGAAGGCUUGGUGACUUUACAUUUCCAGAGGGAUUUUUACACUUGUUUACUUUGAAACCUACUAGGACAUAUAUCUUUGUGUGUACUGUUUUUGGGUAGCAUUUGUUUUCUUACCAAUUUUGAUGAUCACAAAAGAAAUGGAAAACCUACCAGCAAAUAUGUGCAGUCACUCCCUCCAAUAUAAUAGAUGUGCUUGGAUUUGCUUUGCAAAUUGCAAUUCUAAAUGCCUGGCCCUAGUGUACUGUAUUCCUGCUUUAGCCAGUAGCCUAUAGUGUAGAUGGCCCCUAAUAGCCUGCAGCAGUAAUGGCACACCCUCCUUGCUGAUGGUAGAGGGUUAGGAGCUCCAUGUGUAUACCUCUCACCUAAGUAUUAAGCUAUAUUUUCUGUUGUCUUUGUCAUAUAUGUUUGUUUUGUUUUUGGGUUUUUUUAUAUGUAUUAACAAUCAGCUGAAAGCUGUGGUUGUAUUUUUGUAUCACCACACAGGACAUAAGUUUUGCUAAAGUUACUGUAUUAAAUAAAUGUUGAUGUACUUUAGAGUCAAACAGUCCAUUGUUUGCAAUUUUAAGCGCUUUUUUUGGGGGGGGGGUGGUCCUUUGACAUAAUUAUGCUGUUGCCAAGAUCAAGUCGCCUUAUGUUAAUUAUUUGCUUUGUAACAAUUAAUUCCGAUUACAUUUGGAUUUGGUCUAACACAGCAAUUUACGUAUGGACCUCUGCUAAAUUUUGCCUUGUUAAACCACCUGAGCACUUAAGUCCACAAGUCUUGCGUUUCCUCAUUUUUACAGAAGUGAAGCGAUUUGAAAGUUAUAGCAUCGCAGGGAUUAUAAAGAAGAAAAUUACAGAUAUCUUUUUUUGAAGAAAUUAGGGAUGGGCAUAGAUAAAUAAAUAUUUAGAUUGAACAAAUCAUUAGGCAUUUGGUGAAAAUGUGGGCGUCUAUCUCUGCAGAUAGUGUAAAUUCAAAUAUUCAAUAUUACCAUCAGUCUGACUAUGGUACAAAAAUUGUCCUGAAAAUUUCUAGAUCAUUUUUUAAGCUAUUUUAGUCACUUUUCUUGAUUACCUUUUUGUUCAGGACUGAAUACUUGUUCAAGUUGGGUUUUCAAUAAGCAGGCUGUUGAUAGCCUGGAUGGGCAACUCUCUAAAGGGUUUUUAUAUUUUAAAGAUGACAUUUUUAAGUAUGGGCACCUGAAAAUGCCAUUAUCUUCAGUUGCUUUUCAUGUUCACUCAGUCGAUGGGUUGCUACAUCUGUGUGAAAGGGGUAUAUCUGUGUACCAGUAUAGACAGUUGUUAGAUCGCACUCUACAGUUGUGUUUGGAAAAUAAUCUGUGGAAGGUAUACAGAUCAAUUCUAUAUGAUUGUUCAUAUACUACCUUUGCUGUUUGUUGUUGCAGAAUAGUUAUUUUUCCCUGUAUAGUAAGCAUCAUUUUCAUUGCUGUUGUAUAAGCAUGUGUCACUCAUCAUACUGUUGUAAUUAUGUUGCCUUCAGUUUUUGUUUUUUUUUAAAGAACUCAGUUAUUGUAAGGAACGUAUAACGUCUGCUUGUACAAUAAAAUGCUUCUUGGCUUAAAAUUUGUUGUGAUGGGUCACCACUGUGGGGUUUAUUUAUUUAUUUAUUUAUUUAUUUAUUCAAUCUUUCCUACUCCCAAGGGCAUGUUUGGUAGAUUUUAAUUUCCAUUUGUAGUUUUAAAUAUAUAUAUACAUUUUGUAAUAUUGUAUAAUUAAGGUUGGGGUUUUUUUCAGGAUGGAUCAGGCACAUGUGUUUUCUGUUGACCUGUUUUAGAUUUCAUGAAAUUGUGGGAAUAUUUUUGACCUGCCAUUAGUCUUUGU